CAAGCACAACCACAACCUCCACUACGACAACCAUACCUUCUAGAACACUGAGCAAAGCAAACAAGAUCCAACAAGAUGCCGGCGGACAUAGUGACCACGGAGCAGCUGCGCUACCAGCUCGCCUUCAGCCACGCCAUGGAGCGGACCACGCGGCACUGGGAGGAGACCUUCUGCUGGUACCCGCGGAUGCAGAGCUGCCACUUCCAGAGGAUCGACCAGAUCUACCUGGAGAGUCGCCAGCGGUACGGCGACGAGCACUUCCUCCGGUACGCCAACCGGAGGCGCCUGCUCAAGAAGUACGUGGUGACCGCCCAGGAUGUGGUCGAAAGUCUGGGGGAACGGAGGACGCUGGAGAACGACGGCAUCCUGGGCAUCCGGGUGGCGGCCACCGAGAACGGGGAGUACGGCCGGCUGAAGCCCUCGAGCCUGUACUUCUGCUAGGAUCCCCCGUCUCCCCUAAUCCUCGCCAGAACCGCUCACAAUUAAACUAUCAUCCGCUGCUGACAAUGCAACUCUCAAUGGCCGUCACUCAUUACGACGAUUUUAGCAUGACCGUGCGCAUAAAUAACAAGGUGAAAACGUCAGUCCGACCUGCAACCGGUUGUGCCCGCCCCCUCCGUCGUAGCGAGUGCCCACUGUACCCUUUCCUACUUUGACGCGUCUGAAAAGUUCGCACAGGUAAUUAAGUGAUCGCGUCUGUCCACUCGAUGAGAUGACUCGCCUCGUUUGUUCGGCUUGGAAACUGUAUUUAUGGCGCCCAUAAAAUGGGAGAUAUUCCGCGAGUGCAUGAUAUGGCACACCAUUUACACUCGCACUUGCAGGUGCAUUGAAUUAGUUAUUGAAACGACGCGAUCUUGGGCAAAUCUUAAAGAGGGGGUGUGAUAUCGGGAGGGAAGUACUUUAUUUUUUGGUUCCUAAACUAAUGGUUUGAUAGA